UCUCAAAUUUUCUCUACAUUCUAAGCUCUGAUCAACACACUUCUUGAACUUGAUUUUGCAAUCUUUGAGUUUCAUAUAUAAGAUGAGUAUUGUGUAUACUCAUGCUCUCAACUAUUCUCAACUUGAGUCAAGGAAGGAUAUGGAAAUGGAUUCAGAAAUUUGUUACUCACAAACACAACAAUAUUGUCCCCAAAACAGUUCAGGUUUAUCGCGAUACUCUUCUUCUCCAAGUUCAUUGCUUACAAGCAUUGGUUUUAUGAAUGAAGAAUCUUUUGGAAAUGAUAAUCACCGAUAUCAGAAACAUUAUUCUCCCUCCACAAGCUCAGAAAUGGAAACAAUGUUUAUAAAUUCUCAACAUCUGCCAGUGAAACAAGAAGAAAAUGACUCUUUUUCACAAGGAUUACAAUACAAUGGUUACUCUUAUUAUGAAUCUCCAAAUCAGAUGAUUUACCAAAAUCAGCAGCAGAAUCAAGGAUUGCCUAAUGUUUUUGAUCAUUCAGAGAAUUAUAUCAAAGAAACUAACAUUGGUUCUUCUAAGAAUUGCUCUAAUAAUCUCAUUAGGCACAAGAGUUCACCUGCUGAGUUUUUCUCCAAUUAUUCACUUCAUAAUGGUACUAUGAAUUUCUCAUCCACACAAUCCUCUUGCUCUAUCAGCAUGCCACAAAUUGUUGAAAAUGAUGAACAAGAAGCACUUCAACCAAAUUGUAUUAAAAAUAAAAACAUUGGAAAAUAUUACAUGCCUAGCUUCGAAUUCACUAGUGACUGUUGGGAUAGUUCUACAUUCAAUGUUCCAAAAACAUCCACAAUGAAUGGUGAAAUCAUGUUUUCCACUUCAAAUGCUUUGGAAACUCAGGAUUUAGACUUUGGAUACCAAAAACUUGGUUUGAGCCACCAUUUGAGUCUGCCAAGCUCUUGUACAAAGAUGACUAGUAUGGACAAGUAUUUUCACAUUCAAGGAUCUAUUCCAUGUAAAAUUCGUGCCAAAAGAGGAUUUGCCACUCACCCGAGAAGCAUUGCAGAGAGGGAAAGAAGAAUAAGAAUUAGUGCAAGAAUCAAGAAACUGCAAGAUCUUUUCCCGAAUUCAGAUAAGCAAACUAGCACAGCUGAUAUGUUGGAUGUAGCAGUUGACUACAUUAAAGACCUCAGGAAACAGCUUAAGAUAUUAUCAGACACAAAGGCAAAGUGCAGUUGUACAAGUAAUUAGAAGCAAUGUUCAGAUCUUAUGCCUGAUUUUGUUCCUUGUAGAUAACAAAAGAAAAGAGGCAUUUGUUUUUAAUUUAUAAUUUAGUUUUGCCAAAACAGUGGCAAGUGUGAUUAAUAAUAGAAUAGUUUUAUAAUAGUAUUUUGCCUAAUUUGUAUAAUAUUCUAGGUCCUGCUAAAUAUCUUUUCAGUUUUGUUUUUUCAUAUUCUCUCUACUAUUUUUCCUUUCUUUUCUUGGCUUUAUUGAUGGGUUAUAAACUGUAUUACAAAUAUAAAAGUUCCAGCAAAACAAUCGAUAACAUAUUUUACAACACAUUAAUAUAUAUUGGUUGUAAUUUAUAUAGGUUU